UUUGUGUUUUUGCAAAUGGAAGAUGUUAAAGCGAGGGGAUGCGUAAGAAAGGUUGGAAGCAGUGAAGAAGAAGAACAGAUGGAUUUGGUUCGAGGUCCUUGGACUGUUGAAGAAGACUGUCAGCUCAUCAAUUACAUUGCUAUUCAUGGCGAAGGUCGCUGGAACUCCCUUGCUCGUUCCGCUGGUCUGAAGAGAACUGGAAAAAGUUGCAGGCUGAGAUGGUUGAAUUAUCUACGCCCGGAUAUUAGACGCGGUAACAUCACUCUCGAAGAACAGCUUCUGAUUCUGGAGCUUCACUCUCGGUGGGGAAAUCGGUGGUCGAAAAUCGCCCAACAUUUGCCGGGGAGAACCGACAAUGAGAUCAAGAACUACUGGAGAACCCGUGUCCAGAAGCAUGCUAAACAGCUCAAGUGCGAUGUCAACAGUAAGCAAUUCAAGGACACCAUGCGUUAUUUAUGGAUGCCUAGAUUGGUCGAAAGGAUUCAAGCCGCCACCACAACCGACAAUCGCACGGCGGAGAAUUCGAGCACCGCAACAGCGGCGUCUUCGGACUCUAUCGAGGCCCAAGUUUCGGAUUUAACUAAUUGUACUUACAGCCACGGCUUCCAUUUUGAUGACAGCCCUAAUCCGGAUUAUGGUUUCCAGGCCAGCGGCCAAGUUGAUUACUCCGAUGUAUCAGAGAAUUACUACAACCACCGUGGCGAUGUCGGUGUUGAUUACCAGACCAACAAUUAUCAGCCCCUGUUGGAUGGCUGUGAUCUUUCGGACAAUUUGUUGAAUGCUGAGGAUUUCUUGUUCUUACAGCAACAGUUCAACUUCAACAUUUGAAAAUAUUUGUCCAUUAGAUUUGGGGUGAAAUUCAAUUGUAUAUAAGAAAGAUAAGAAGAGUGCAAAUUAGAGAAUUUUAGAAGAAAAAAUUAGAAAUGACCAACCAGCUCAGUU